UGUCUAGACUCCAGAGAGUGAUCCUCAAAAGAGUCACUUGUAGAUCCGGUCUAGUUUGAGGAACAGUAGUUCGUAAAAAUGAACUGGAAAAACCUUUCAAACAUGUGGAGAGUUUUUGUGCUUCUGCUAUUAGCAUUCAUGUUUGAGGUCUCGCUUCAAGAUUCAGUAUCAAAAGAUUCCAGAAUAAUUUUUUCAAAAAAGCCACCUCAACCAAAAACCUUUUCUGGAACAAUAGUCUUAAACUCAUCCUUCCAGAUGCCUGUGAUAAACGCCAGUGCCAAUGUCAUCGAUCACACCACUGGAAUUGUCAGCACUUGGAUCAUUCCCUCCGCGUACAUCCUAGCCAUCCUCGUCGGGAUCCCCUCUAAUGUCUUUGUGUUAACCUGCCUCAGUGGAAGAAAGAAUCUUUCCACUAGUAUCCUAUAUUUUAGCCUAGCAGUUUCAGACCUCCUCUUGCUCAUUUCCCUCACAUUCAGAGUCCACUAUCACCUCAAUAACAAUGACUGGAUCUUUGGAGAGCUCGCCUGCAAGAUGGUGACUGCCUGCUUUUAUGGGAACAUCUACUGCUCGAUCCAUGCCCACAUGUGUAUUAGCGUGAUGCGCUACCUCGCGGUGGUCCACCCGUUCAUCUACAGGGCAAUGUCGAAAAAGUACUAUGGGAUCUGCACCAGUUUAUCCAUUUGGAUGGUUUUUGCUAUUGCGAUGAUACCUGAGUUUAUGAUUCAGCAAAGCUACCAAGUUCUUGAACAAAAGAUGGUGACGUGUCAUGAUAUCCAGUCGUAUGAAAAAGCUUUCAACCGAGCUUUGAUUCCAUAUAGAUUGAGUCUGAUCUGCCUGGGGUUCAUCCUGCCAUCGCUAGUCAUCACAUUUGCUUACGGAUCCAUCAUUUACCAUCUAAACCGUUCCAGUCGUGACUGGAAACACUACAUAAAGGCCAGUACGUUGGUGUUUGGGAUCUUUUUAGUGUGUUUUGCCCCAUGUAAUGCACUUCUUUUUGCACACUAUGUGAAGCUGUACACUCAGCAGCAGUAUGACUUGUAUUAUUACUACAGAGCAGCCGUAUGUCUGUGUUCUUUCCACAGCUGUCUGGACCCCUUCCUCUCAUAUCUCCUCACAAAGACUUCGACUUCCCAAGCCAAGUUUACACCCUUUAGCUCUAGUGCUUCGGUGGCUUUGUCCAUGAGUUGAGUCCUUUUAAAUACCAGGAUGUUUUGCUAGGGGGACUUCCUUAUCUAAAAUGGCUUCACAGUGGGUUGAGGAUGUUAUGGUUGACUUUUUUCUUCAGAAGAGGCUCCUGGGUUGAUCAGGAGUUGGCCACUUACACUCAAGUGUGAACAUGAAACUAAGUCAAGCUGCAUACAAAAUCUUUGAGACCAGGAAAAAGAGUGUCUGAAAUAACAGAUGUAACCUCUUAGACAUUUCAAUGGUCAGGCACUGUUAUUCUGUUUCACCUUGCAG